AUGUCUAAUUGGAAAGUUGUAACUGCUAAUUCGCCUUCAAUUAUCAAGGAAUCACCCCCAAUGGAAGUUGAUAAAUCAAUACUAGUACCUACAACAACAACAAUAUCGGAACAACAUGAUCAAAAACAACAACAGGAUAUUGUCUAUGACUCGAGUGAUAGCUCGGAUGAAGGAGUGAUGGAUAGUGCCGAUAGUAGUACAGAGGAAAGAUUUCCAAGGCCUACACGAUCUCAAACAAAAUCAAGAAAAAGAACAACCAUGGAUAAGAAUACAAAACAAAAUGUAAAUUAUAAACCACCUGCAACUGUAGUGGAUGAUCCAACUGCAGAGGUUAGAAAAAACAAAUUGGCCUUAAUGAGAUUUUCUGAUAUUUUCCAAAGAGAAGAGGAAGACACAAAGGAUGAUAAAGCCAUUACAGUAGAUAAUGGAGAUAUUAUUUUGGGAUCUGAGGAUAGUAGUGAUGAUGAACGUUUUACAGCUGCUCUUCAGGCUGGAAUUAAUCGUUCCAAUCCCAAUAAGAAGCAAAAACUUACAGUUGAAAAAAGUCAACAACCUUCAUCAUCUUCUGAAGUGAGCACUCCUAAAAAUUCAGCUUCCUCUUCAACUAAUUCAAGCACUUUGAAAAAGAAGGCAGCAAAACAGGACUGUGUACUGGUACCUAAUUCUGCUCUCUUCAGAUUUGUUUGUUCUUGCUCAACUGUAAAGGAGAUUAGAUACGAAUUACAAGAGGAUUUUGAGGAUGAAAAACAUGUAUCCUCCAGAAAAAAGCACAAUAUGAAAUCAUCAUCAAGGAAAGGAAGAUUGAGCACAGAGGAGGUUAAUUUUAUAAGGAAAUAUUACAACAUGUCAAAGGAUAUUCGUAUUGCAAAAUAUCAUAUCCCUUUAAACAAGUUCAAAAAUGUGGAAUCAUUGGAUGAUGGAAUUAUUAGAACGAAGGAGUUUUGA